ACUGCACAGAUAUCCUUAUGUGUAAUGGCUUUGUUGGGCUGUGGAGCUGGUGAAUCAGUGUUUGGAGGCAGUCUGAAAGCUGUAUCUGCCGCCCUUGUGGAUCUGCUGUUCUGCCUCCAGUGUUGUGGUAUGCCGCUGGGUCUCUGGGUGUUCCCUUUCUGAAUUUCACUUCAAGGCUGAUUUGGCAGCAGUCUGGGGAUCCUGUUUUUACUGGAUGGAAGGAACAUCUAUUUUAAUGUUCAACUAAAGGGAACUGAGAGUCAGGACAUGACUUCGCUGUGUUUGUAAUCUCAUCAUUAAAAAACAACCUCUUCCCAGUUUCUAGGGGAUAUUGUCCGGUGAUUUCCUGUCAUAUUUUCUGGAAUACCGUUCAGAUUCAAGGAGUGCUGUGUUUUUGAUUGGUAACUCUUACAGAUCGUAAUUGGACCAAGCUGGCCCAACCCUCCAGCUGUCAUGGAUUUUGGCAUUGGCUUUGGAGCAGACAGCCCAGCAACGCAGGAUUGUUUAUGAAUCACAAUCAUUUCACUUUGUUUCCAAGGACAGAAGUUUUUAUGCGUCUUCUCUGGACCUAAAAGGAAAUAUUUUUACAAUAUAAUCUCUUUUUUUUUUCUUUUCUGCAAGAAAUAAGACACUUCUGCUUUAGGUUGUUCUUGAUUUUUUUUUUAAAUGAUAUUUUCAGGGAAGCAUAAUUCUGAUUUGGCACAGGAAAUGUGGUGUGGUUUUAAUAUCUGUGUGAGGAUACUGAGACUCGCAGGAGCUCACAUUACAAUCUAACAGACCUUGCUCCUUCCUUGCUAGAUUGCCACCACAGUCUUGUGCUCGCAGAUCUUCACAAAGUGCCAGAACAUUUCUCCCGGUGGAGGCACAGUGACUCACUGAAAAGAAGAUAUUCUAUUGAUCAAAACAACCUUGAGGUUAAAACUUGAUUCAUUCUGAAAAAAACACAGCGGUCAGUAGCGCAUUCAGCUCAGAUUUCAGCCGGUUUUGUAUUGCAAGAUACUGUACCUGGUUAAAAUAUUUUUUCAUCAUUUGACAUGAGAGGACUGAUGGCAACCUACUUUUGUUCGUGAAGGCAAUUUAAUUUGUUGCUACUUUAUUUUUUCAUCUUGUUUUGAAUGGUUUUAUACAUUACAGAUUAGGGGACUAAAACUACAAAGAAACAUUUAUUACCCAACAAAGGGAUCCACCACCGGAAGAUCACCGAAGAAGCAUACAGGCCGUUUUUGAAGCUGUUGCAGACUUCACAAGCCUGGGAUAAAUCUACCACCCACUUGGAGCAUUGAUUUCAAAGCACUUUCCUUUUUUAUGCCUGGAUUAGAUGUGUUUUUUGCAUUGUCAUCUUGUAGUUAUCAGCUCUUCAUUUGAAGGCAGUCAUUUUCGAAGGCAUUGGAUAAGCAAACCGGUACCUUCAGUGCAGUAGCUCUCAGAAGAACAGAUAUUGUUGAACUAGUGUUGUGGAAGGCAUGAAUGUUCCAGACUGGUCCCAGAUGAUGGCAUUGAGGCAGGAGUUAGAAAGGCUAAUCUGACUUCAAAAGAUAGCAACAGAACAUUUCAGCAUUACGUUUUGGAACAAUACAAGCAUGGUGGUACUAAAAAGGCUAAAUAACAUGUUGGAAAGAAACCUAAAGUUUUUUAAGAAUGUGCUAAAUGUUUUGAAUUAAAGAGAGGGAUUAUCCAAUAGUUUGGUAUAAAGGGUCAUACAGUUCUGUAAAUGUUUAAAACUACAUUUUAGGCUACACCAUUUUCUAAAAGAGUAGAGUGAAUAGCAUUUGUUUUUUGCAAAUUCUAUGUAGCGGAAAAUUAAACUUCUGAAAAGUGGGUGCAGUAGUUUGCUUUUAAGAUAGAAAACACACUAAAACGAAUAAUUUUCACGCUGGAAGGAGAGAAUUUAGUUUAAUAUGUUGAUUUUAAGAUUUUAUAGGCAACUAAAAAUGUACUGUAAAACCUAGCUUCAAGUUGUUUUGGAAUUUAAGAAGUACUGUCUAUUGCUGCAUAGGCGUGCUUUGAGUUUGAGAGUAGAACGUGUACUGUACUGAUUACAUGCCAUUGGAGUGCUGAAACAAACAGAGGUCCAAGAUAAGAAAUAGUGAAGUUGUCAAGAAGUGCAGUUAAAAAAUCAAUCGAUGUGAUACAGUGUCCAAAUGUUAUUAAUGUAUAGGCUAUUAAAAAGGGACUGUACUCUAAAAACGGCAAGGUCUUCUUUAGAUAAGCAAUUACUGUUUGGAAAGCUGAAGUCAACCUUGUGGCUAUUUCCUUGGUUAGAAGAAGCAGCUGAGUUUGUCUGUUGCUAAUUUGUGUUUCUCUGACCCCUCGCAUCCUGGGACUAAUUGGAAGCACCUCUCAAUGUUUCCAAGGAAACGGCUCUUGUGUCCAGGAAAAAUGACACCUGUCCGACUUCUGAGUAUUUUAACAAAGAUAUCUGUGAAAAUCUAAGAACGUUCGGUGGGUGGGUGGUGGGGUUGCUGUGCAUCUCUGUAGAUUGCGCUAUAGAACCCGAGUACAGGAGGAGCGAGCCUCCCUCUCACUGCCUCCCUGACGAUCCUGGUUGAUGGCUGUAGCCAUGCAGGGCAAUAAUGUGGGUAGAGGGCUGGCUGUCAUCGAGUCAGAGGGACAAUAUGAACAUCCCGUGGAGAGGGCAUCCUACAGCGUGGACUUUGACUCCGUUGAUGGAGGCGGUUAUGACGUCGUUAUUAACAACACUCCGGUACCCACCCCUGGGGUACAGGACUACAGGACUCAGUACGGGACCCUUCGGCAGAGCUGGGAGAUGAACUACCAGGAGGCUGCUAUAUACCUGCAGGAAGGUGCGAACAAUGACAAGUUUUUCACUCACCCCAGGAACCCCAAGGCGCUGGCCGCCUACCUGUUUGCUCACAAUCACCUGUUCUACAUGAUGGAGCUGGUGACAGGGCUGCUGCUGAUGGUGCUGUCACUGUGCGAGGCCCCUGCAGUGCCCACACUGCGCCUUGACAUCUACAUCCACACCACACUGGAGCUGCUUGCUCUGGUGAUGGUGGCGUUUGAGCUGUGUAUGAAACUGCGCUGGCUGGGCUUCCAGACCUUCAUCAGACACAAGAGGACGAUGGUCAAGACCUGUGUGCUGCUGCUGCAGUUUGUGGAGGCGAUCGUGGUACUGGUCAGACAGUUGUCCCACAUGCGCGUGACGCGAGCCCUGAGGCCCAUCUUCCUGGUGGACUGCAGAUACUGCGGCGCAGUCCGGAGGAAUCUGCGUCAGAUUUUCCAGUCUCUUCCGCCUUUCAUUGAUAUUCUGCUACUGUUGCUGUUUUUCAUGGUUAUAUUUGCCAUUUUAGGAUUCUAUUUGUUUUCUCAAAAUCCAUCAGACCCGUAUUUCAACACUUUGGAAAACAGCAUUGUCAGUCUGUUUGUCCUCCUGACCACUGCCAAUUUUCCAGAUGUGAUGAUGCCAGCCUACUCCAGGAAUACCUGGUCCUGUGUGUUCUUCAUUGUAUAUCUGUCUAUAGAACUCUACUUCAUCAUGAAUCUACUCCUUGCUGUGGUAUUCGACACCUUUAACGGAGUUGAAAAGAUGAAAUUUAAAUCCCUACUUCUGCACAAGCGAUCAGCAGUCGAUCAUGCCUUCAAGCUUCUGGUCAGCAAACAGAGGCCCACUGGGGUUUCCUUCAAGCAGUUUGAUGGGCUGAUGAGGUUUUACCGGCCCCGGAUGAAUGCUAGAGACCGCUACCUGACCUUCAAGGCACUCAAUCACUCCAGCACUCCAGUACUCGGCUUGCAGGAUUUUUACAGCUUCUAUGCAGUUACAGGCUUGAAAUGGAAGACCAGAAGAAGUGGAGAACACUGGUUUGAUGACUUCCCACACACCACUUUCCUCAUUUUCAAAGGCAUUAAUAUUCUUGUGAAAUCCAAAGCCUUCCAAUAUGCAAUGUAUGUCGUAGUUGCAGUAAAUGGAAUGUGGAUCCUGGUGCAAACAUUCAUGAUGCACGAUGGAAGCUUCUCGUCAGGAACUGUUCCCUGGAGUUACAUUUUGUUCCUCACAAUUUAUGGAGUGGAGAUGUUGUUAAAAAUCACAGGACUGGGGCCCCUUGAAUAUUUCAGCUCUGGGUGGAACCUGUUUGAUUUUUCAGUGACACUCUUCGCCUUUCUUGGCCUCAUCGUCCUGGCGUUUGAUAUGGAGCCUUUCUACUUCAUCGUGGUGCUCAGGCCUCUUCAGCUCUUGCGGCUGUUUAAAAUCAAGCUGAGGUAUCGCAAUGUUCUCGAUACCAUGUUCGAACUGCUUCCUAGAAUGGCCAGUUUGGGGCUGACCCUUCUUAUCUUCUAUUACUCCUUUGCCAUUGUGGGGAUGGAGUUCUUUGUUGGCGUCGUCUAUCCAAACUGCUGCAACACUAGCACAGUGGCAGACUCGUACCGACUGCUCAACUACACUGUGGGGAACCGCACUGUGGUGGAGGAGGGCUACUACUAUCUCAACAACUUCAACAACAUCGUCAACAGCUUCGUAACAUUGUUUGAGCUUACUGUGGUAAACAAUUGGUAUAUCACAAUGGAAGGAGUGACGUCACAGACCUCUCACUGGAGCCGCAUGUACUUCAUGACCUUCUACAUCGUCACCAUGGUGGUGAUGACCAUAAUCGUGGCCUUCAUUCUCGACGCCUUCGUGUUCAGGAUGAACUACAGCAGAAAGAACAGGGACACUGCAGAAGAGGAGAACGGCAUUGUGUUUGAGACGGAGGUGUCGAAGGAGGAGGUAGACACUGUGCUGGAGCUCUACAAGCAGACCUGCGCUCCAGCCUCUAGCAUCUCCUCUCUGCAGGGGGUGCUCUCCGCCAUGGACAGGAACGGGCACACCUCGUUGGUGUUCCUUGGUCGAAGAUCCAGGACGAAGAGUGAUUUAAGUAUGAGAAUGUAUGAGGAGGAGAUACAGGAGUGGUAUACAGAGUAUUCGCAGGACAGUGGCUGCCCUCGGCUGGAGAGACAGUUGGAGAGUCUGCAGUCUUCAGUCAACCAGCCCCCUCCUGAUCACGUGAGGCUGCGCUCUCAGACUGUCGGUUAGGUCAGACUGCCUGCAGCCCUCCUGCUCUGUGCAACUAACAGGGCCAAAAGAACCCACUGAGAGCACCUGGGCUCUGCUCCACCCACCCCAUGUUCUCUAGAUCAUUUGAUUUGUAAAUAAAACAUACACCCUUAUACAGUAACGUCAUGCCUUCAGAGUAAAACUUUUUUCUACUGGAUUUCUAUUGGCCCUGCAAAAAAAACCUUCCAUUACUUCAUAAUGUAGCAUGCACACGAUUGGGGGACUGUGCCGUGGGGGGGGGGGGGGUGGGACCUGGAGGAGAGGAACUGAAGAUUUGCAUUGCAGAAUGGUGGAGAAGCUUCACCACAGAAGCAGUGUCCUAAUGGAUUUCAUCCAGUGUACUUCAUCGUCACAACCAGGCCUGUUCUUACAAGAGAAGACUUCAGUCCUCCACAUCCCCUUGAUUUAGUUUUCUGUAGUUGCUGUUUCGUAGUGCUUUGGCAUUAGGGUCCUUUCUCAUAUGCCUUGCCAGCAGAUGAGAUCAUACUGAGGACCAUAGUUGGUAUUUUAUUAAUGCAACUAGAGGGUUUAAUCUUAAUCACAUAUUUCAUGACUUCCAUAUGAUAUGGAAUUAUAGUAAUAGUGAACCCUAAAAAUAUUAAGUAAAAUAAACCUCUAAAACAUCACACAAUCACAGAUGUUUAAUUAAUGCAGCAUUUCAGACAACAGUAUUCAAACUAUUCAAAAAUGUGAAUCAGGAGGCUUCACUUUUAGUUUUUAUUAAGAAGUUUGAAUUUUUUUAAAAAACACUAUGCAGACAAUGGCAGUAUGCAAAAUAACAAUCUAAUAGAACACCUUAAAGGGGUGAUGACCAAGGCUUUCAAAGACAUUCUUACCUUUCAUUGCAACAAUAUGCUUCCAUGGCCUUUGCUGUUUUGCUCUUCUUGUUUUCCAGACCUUUCUUCUUGAAACUCAUUUAUCCUGCACAAAACACAACCAGCUCGAUUGAACUUUCCUCAUCCGGCCCACAUAAUUUCCUAUGUGCAGCAUAGAAAUUAGGACCUUAUUUUUUACCCACAAAUUGGUUAAAUCAAACCCAUCAAUACUAAAAAAACAUCUAUCCAGUUUGAGAAGUAAAAUUGUAUGCAGUUUAGAUGCAACACAAUUAAAAUGUGUUUUAAUUUCUCAGUAUUAGUUAUUAAUUCUAACACCUGAAUCUUUGUAAUUGUUGUUCUCUUGUCCAUCAGCAUUUUAAUACACAAAUAAAUGAAUGAGCUUCCCUGAGAGCCAAGCCUAUAUGAAUCUGUAAAGCCCCUGCCGCUACUUUUAUAACGGCUUCAUAUUUUCAGAUGUCUGGCUGCCAUGUUGAGAUGACGUGUCUUUGUUUUCCUGAUGAUAAAGGCAGAGCUCUUCAAGACACUGAUUUCAUGCUUCGUACACAAAGCAUGUGUAAUUGCUUUGUGUACGAAAGUUUGAUUGUGGGUUUCCAACAACAACAAAAAAGAAUAGCCCUUUUGUUCCAGGUAUCUUUUAAAGCUUCCGCUGCCAUCGUGUCAGAGUUUGAUCUGAGGAAGAGAUGUCAUAUCUCUUUUAAAGCUGCUGCUGUCACCUGAUUUGAGGAAGAGAUUUCAUAUCUCUUUUAAAGCUGCCGCUGCCACCAUGUCAGAGUUUCUUUUGAGGCUUUUUUCAGCUUUGCUGGACUAUUUACAUGCAGAACAAGAGCCUGGUUAGGGUACCAAAGAUAAUGUGUCAGUAGUCUUCACAAGCUGUAUUUAUUAAUACAAAAUAACCACGUAUUUCUCUUUUUGUUGUUAGUCAGUGAAAAGUGUAUUUGUAUGGAAUAAAAUAUAUUAAAAAAAAAAAUUAACUUUAAAACAAA